AUGUUCUUGUUCGGCAUCAUCUGCGAUGUGUUGGGUAGUGCUACCUCAAUCCCAUUGCCAUCGCCGCCUUCUAUACCGCUAGUAUUGGAGGCGCCAAUUCUCUCGUCUCUGCUGCCCUCCGAUUUCCUAUCCAGGCAUGACUUGCUUGCUCUUCAUUUUCAUAUUAGUCAGAUAUUAUGCAUAGCAGCGGGUGCCGUAGGUGGUGCCGUUGCAAUUAUGGAGGUUAUGCCGAUACAAUACAAACACAUGCUUGGGGGUCCUUCUUUGAAGGUCGACUUGCACACUGGAGCCAUUGCUGAGGGAGUUUUGACGUUCACAAUCACUUUUGCCGUCCUUCUCAUCGUCCUUAGGGGUCCAAGCAACCCACUCGUGAAGAAUUGGUUGCUUGCCAUGUCAACUGUUUAG